AUGGACAGUACCAUACCUGUUAAUUUACCACCGCGCAACAGAGCCACUAGUCGGGCAAAAUCAACUAGACUUUGGAAAAUGGCAAAAGCCCAACCGAAGUCUGAGUCUGAGCUCAGUGAUAUUGAGGAGGAGUUCGCUGAGUCCUAUAUGGAGGAUUCAGAGGAUCUUUCUGAUCCGGAUUAUGAAAUUACUGAUGGAAAGGAUGUUAAUCCCACACGGGAUACACGUCCUAUUAAACCUACCAAGAUUGAGGUAGAUCAUGUUGCCUCAGGGAACAGUGAUAGAAUCUUUGACACUCAAGGUGAACCCCAAUUCGAACCUGACGAGAUAUAUCACCUAGUGGUCACCUCAGACCACAUAGCCAAGUAUAUUGCAUCCAGGGUACUCAAGCCUUUUGAGAAAGCAAAGUGA